GGCGAGGAUGCAGCUGUACAGCUCGGUCAUCACCCACUACCCGCCGGGCGCCGCUCCCCCGGCCACCGCCGCGGCCGUCUUCAAGGUCUCGCUGCCGCCGGGACCUCCCUCCGCUGAGGCGGCCAAGAGCGGCGCCGCGGGGCCCGGCCCGGCCGCGGGGAGCCCCGCUAAGGACGGCUCCGUGCCCGGCGGGGGCACCACCGCCACCGCCGCCACCACGAGCAGCAGCGCCAUGCCCGCCUUCUCCUCCUGCCUGCAGGUGAUGCCGGCGGCCAGCCCCGCCGGCCCCCACUACAGCUCCUGCGCCCACAUCGCCGUGGCCGCCCGCCGCCGCCGCCCGCUGGAGCGGAUCGUGCCGGUGCGCGUCGUGCAGCGAGACGAGGCCCGCGGGGAGACGCUGCCGGCCCCGCCGCCGCCUCACGGCCGAGCCUGGCUGGAGGGCGUCCUGGAGGGCGUGCGGCAAGCCGGGGGGGACGCCGAGCCCCCGGCCCCCGCCGCCGCCAUCCCGCGGCCCGCCGAGGAGCCCAGCAACCGCAGCCUGCGCCUCAGCGAGCACCGCCAGGCGCUGCAGGCCGCCGCCGGCAGGCCCCGCGGUGAGGGGCGGCCUGCUUGCCGUGAGGGAGAGGAGGAGGAGGAGGAGGAGGAGGAAGGCGGCCGUGGUGGCGGUGUGCCCCUCCGGGGGUUGUGCGGGCGAGCGGAGCGCAGCGAGAAGCUGGCGCUGUACCUGGCCGAGGUGGAGAAGCAGGACGGGUACCUGCGGCAGAAGGGCCGGUUCCGCUUCCACAUCAUCCCCGACGGGAACUGUCUGUACCGAGCCGUCUGCAAGGCGCUGUACGGCGACCAGCGGCUGCACGGCGAGCUCCGCGAGCAGACGGUGCACUACAUUGCCGACCACCUGGACCACUUCAGCCCCAUCAUCGAGGGCGACGUGGGAGAGUUCCUCAUCGCCGCCGCGCAGGAUGGCGCCUGGGCUGGCUACCCGGAGCUGUUGGCCAUGGGGCAGAUGCUCAACGUGAACAUCCACCUGACGACGGGCGGCCGGCCCGAGAGCCCCACCGUGUCCACCAUGGUCCACUACCUGGGGCCCGAGGACCCGACGCGGCCCAGCAUCUGGCUGAGCUGGCUCAGCAAUGGGCACUAUGAUGCCGUGCUGGACCGCCUGUGCCCCAACCCAGAGUACGAGGCGUGGUGCAGACAGACUCAGGUGCAGCGCAGGCGGGACGAGGAGCUGGCCAAGUCCAUGGCAGUGUCCCUGUCCAAGAUGUACAUCGAGCAGAAUGCCUGCUCAUGAGACCGCCCGGCCCGUGGGCUGACAGACUGACGGAAGGUGCGCUGGCUGUGAUGGUGAUGCCUUAAUCCUUAACGAAGCAGCAGCACCCCAGACUGAGAAGAGCCACAGAUUGUGGGGGAUAAAUCCAAGCGUAUUUGUAAUAUUCUGUUGUAAAAAGAAAACCUUAGCCUCGGAUUAUUUGCCAGCAGGUUCUCCGUGUAUGUUUGUGUCUCCCCUCCCCACUGUUUCUCUAUUUUCUAUAAGAAUGUAUUUUUUGCACAAUAUUUUUAAACUGUUACCUCCAUCUCCCACAUCUCGUGUUAGUAUCUGGCUUUGAGCUGUACAGCCAAAAACAUUUGUAAACAGUUUUUGUAGAUAAGGCUUAUGAUGUAACAGCUAUUUUUUGCUGUGUUUUUUUACCCAUAAACCUUAUAUUUCUACCAAAUGAAGUUGGUGUCAAACGACCCUCCCUAACUGAUGAAAGCAUUGUGGGUGUUUCUUGCAAAACAAUAGUUUCUCUAGAAGUGCAGCAAAGUCUGAAAAGAUUACUUCUUAAAACAGUUGCUUUCUCUGCCUCCAGCACAGAACAGGUCCUUUGAGCCGGCUGGAAUGCAGCUGACAUGAACAGUACAGGGAGCAAUUGACUCUUCUGUAUUUAAUUACUGUUUUGAGUAAACUGGCCUCUUGUUGCCUGGUUGGCUUACCCUCUGCUCCAUUUAUGUUAUUUAUCUGUAAUAACAGAACAUUAACUUGCAAUAGAAUGUUGUGACUAGAUAAUAGCCUCCCGCUUCGGCAAUAAUUGCCUUGGCUGCACCUCAGUGUUUGUGUCUGGUUUCUGGGGUUAUGGUGUCUUUUGUACAGGCCCUGCUUCUUUUUUGGCACUUGUAUUGCACCAACAAAUCAUUAUCUGAUCACAACAUUUUAUUCAUUUAACUUUAUUUUCUAAUCAAGAAAUCAGGAGCGGUGUUCUGCAUUAAAAAGUAUUUAAAUUGAGAUUUGUAUGGUUUGCUGGGUCAAACAUUUAAAUGUUUCCAAUCUGAAUUCUGUUUCUUCUACUUUCUGAUUAACUUGUUAGAUAUAUUUAUUAAGUAAUGCAGUUUGUACUUUUUUAUUUUGUAAUAUAUUGUGAUUUUGGAAUUUAUACCGUAUUUGUAUAAUAGGAGUAUUCUCAGCUAAAAUGGAAUGAAUAAAGAAUAUAAUUUUACUUGUGCACCCUUUGCGU